GGGGAACAAGGGCGGGGAAAUUGAACUGACCAUCAUUGAAGUAUAAUUGAAGUAAAUUCGUAUGGCCAUGAUGACUGCAUUAACAGAUCAUGGCAACAAUAAAGAGAGUCUUGUUGUUGCGAGCUCCUCGAGACGAUAGUGAGCAAGAUCCCUACCAACAGCUGUUUGCAGAGAAGGGCCUUGACACUACGUCCAUCUCUCCCCUCAGCUUUGAGUUCAUCAAUCUCGAGAGCCUCUACUCUCACAUCACCCAUCCAGAACAGUUUUCUGGGCUUGUAUUCUCGAGUGCGAGAACCGUCCAGGCCGUGGAGAAGUGCGUCAGAAAGUUCUCAAGUCUCGAAGAAUGGCAAGAGGGAAGAGGGAAGGACUGGGCAGCUCUACCAACGUACACCGUGGGGACAGCAACGGCAGUGGCUGCCAGAGAGUUGGGGUUGACAGCCUUAGGGGAGGAUUCGGGCAGUGCUGUCAACCUGGUCAAGGUCAUCAAAGAGGGCAUUGCCCCGGGAAGUAAGCCUCUGCUUAUACCCCGCGGUGAACUGGCAAGAGAGGAACUCCCCAGGGGGCUGCGUCAAGCAGGAAUCAGCUACGAGGUAGACACUGUAUAUCAGACAAUCUGCAGUCCAACACUGGUAGAAAAUGUGGACAGAUAUUUCAAUAUGGCUGUACCAGAUGUGAUUGUGUUCUUCAGUCCGUCUGGGGUGCGGUUUUCAGCAGAAGUCCUGAAAAGACUGAACACUUCCAACACCACAUUUAUUUCUAUCGGUCCAACGACGACAGCAGCGAUGGAGGAGCAAGGUUACUCGGUGACCGCUACAGCGUCGAAGCCUAACCCGGAGAUGCUGAUGAAAACCCUUUUGGAGCUGACAGACAAGGUGUCUUGACCAGGCAGUAAGCAUCCAAGCUACUCAUCAAAGUGAUGCGAUCCACGGAGAUAGAUACCUUGCCCACAAAACUCCAAGCGCUUCCAGAAUAUUUGACGGACAAGGGACAAUUUUGACUCGCUGGUCACGCAAUACACAACUCAUACCGGUUUUGACGCAGUUGGAACCGUCAAGACAUUUUGGGACCAAGGGUCUCUCUGCUGCUCGGUUGACGUGGAUGUAGCACACCUGGUAAAACGUCAAGGGUUUUGUAAAUGUACUGAAAUAAGACACCAUGGACGCUUCCCUAGUGAGGCACCUCUCAUAAACAGUUGUGUCUUAAUUGUAUCACUGUCAUCAUUUUAAUCAUUUCAUUUCACCCAAGCUAUAAUUAUAAUAACCAAUUGAAAGUAGGCCGAUUACUGUCAACUGGGUGUGACUGAGGGAAAAUUGGAGUCACUAUACAGGUUGAUAAAAUCAAAGGUAAUUGGUGGAAUCACCUGUGACCUUGCAAUUUUCCUUGAUCACUAUUGUGGCGGUAAUCAACAGACAUCGAAUGAUGUCAGAAUUGUUUGGGGACAGUUUUAUAUUCAUAUUUAGAGGGAACGUGAAAAAAAAUGUGUUAAGAGUUUGUCAUUCACUUCCGAGUUCUUGGGGGUUUGCGGCCAGUGAGUUAAUUCUCUUGCCUUUCUUGCUGGCCAGAUGAUUUGUUUAACUUUGAUACAAACCUGUGUCUGUCUUACACAUUUCUUUCUACGAUCCUGACAUUAAAAUGUAGGGGAAUCCAAAAAUUGCGGUCAUUGUAACUUGGUGUUAUCUUAAUCAUUAUUUUCGGAGGCCAGCUUGAGUCUCUUGGUUUCCAUGCAGUCACCUGCAUUAAUUCACUUCGAAGCCUCGCGUCCCUCGGCCCUAAGUUGAACCACGGCCGCCAGCAUACGGCGCUCGAUUAUUCCAAGCGUACUUUGCGGUCAGUCGACCGUGAAGUGAAACAGCUAUAUGGUAAUAAUACAUUUCAAGUUUCCGAAUCAGUGCGAGGAGUUUAUAAACCUGCACAAUGGCUUCAGACUUUUUUUUUUUUACUGUAGACCCUGCGUCUUAUUAAAGCGAAGAGUUCAGUCAAUGGCAGUGUUGGCUGUGGGCCUUUAACUGCUUGACGGUGGGGCGGACUCGAUAACGGCGGAGUAAUUGCAACAUUUAUUGGAUGAGAACGAAACGAACGCUUGACAGUCUAAAAAAAAUUAAAUGUAACUGACGAGUAGGAAUAGUUAUUACACUUAUUUUAAACGAACUGAAUUUUAACGUCUGGUGUAUCCAUCUUUACUUUUUUUCACUCAGCAUAGGUCUACUUAUCACCAUCAAUCGCUUUGGUGGUCUGGACAGAUUUUGUUGCUGCUUUUGUGUACUGUCAAAGAGUACGGCAUUGUGUUGACUAAAACCA